GAGGGGUCCUGCUGCCUGUUGAUCUAGUCGCCCCGAGAGCCGCGCGUGGAAGGCUGGUUCCUCCGCCACAGUGACGCGCGCUCGUGUUCCAACUUAACUCUACCUCGCACCUCAUCGCUCAUCUACCUUCCUGCCACUGUCCCGCCCUGCACACCUGGCUUCCUCGGCGUUUGCCCCCUCACAGCUGGCCAAUACUGAUCUUACUUGAUAAUUUAUUCAGUAAUUUUGUCCGAGGACACCAAAAAGGCCAAUCUCGUUAAGAAAACUCGUUGGCCUUCAGUUGAGGACAGUUCAGCGGCACCAUGCCAGGGCUGGGUGGCGGGGGUAGUGCCGGAGUGCAGUGCUCGACUCGCGACUCGUGCUAGCAAGGCUGUAGUACAUCCGCGAUGCCUUCUCGGACACGCCACCUCACGGUGCUGUCCCAGGCGGCCUCUAUCGUCCUGCUGGCAGCAGCGGGUGGUGCUGGAUUGUUAAUGGAGGGCGGGGAGCAAGACAACGCUACAGAAGGCGCAGCACGGGACCCUCACGCCCUUGCGUCCGUCACCGCUAGCAUACCAGAGUCCAUAGAGGCGCACAAGACUUCUUUCCCAGGGCGGGUGUCAGCCACGGCCACCUACAUCGACCCAGUUACGCCUCACAGAGUCUAUGCUUAUGCCGGGACAACUGCUUUCAUUCCCUGCGUCGUGAACAAUCUAGGCCAGCGAUCCGUGUCGUGGGUGCGGCAUCACGACAUUCACGUUCUAACAGUGGGCCGCUUCACCUUCACCAACGACGACCGGUUUGAGGUGCACCACGACGACGGCAGCAACGAGUGGCUCUUGAGACUCAGGUCGCCGUCUGCUAAUGACACAGGGAUUUACGAGUGUCAGAUCAACACUAAGCCGACCAUCACCCAGCUCAUCCGCCUCGAGGUGCUAGAGCCUCGAGCAGUCAUCACGGCAGGGCAGGAGCUGUACCUUGACCGCGGCUCUACCCUUCGUCUCACCUGCCAAGUCCUGGACGCGCCCAGCUCCUCAGACUUCCUGCUGUGGUAUCAUGAACAGAAGGUGGCGAACUAUGAGGUGGAUAAGGUGGAAGUGAGUGUGCGGGUGGACAAUGACACAACCGUCAGCAGCCUCACCUUGCGGGACGCCCAGGUGCACAAUUCCGGCCAGUACACCUGCAGCCCUUCCAACGCCAAGCCAGCCUCCAUCAGAGUGCACGUGCUGAGCGGUGAGCACCCAGCAGCCAUGCAGACCAACGCAGCUCCGGUUCUCCUGAGCUUCUCCCCUUCCUCCUAUCUCAGCUGGAAGAGGAUGAUGCCCACUAUGCUCCUUCCUCUCCUCUCCCUCUGCCUCUCCUUGCAGCACCUCCCGCUUUCCCUCCACAAUACCUCGUGAUAAGUCCAGCAUCAUCUUCAUUACCUUUUGCUUCAAGAUAGACAACUGACUCCAUGAAUGAGUGACUGAAUGAGUGAAUGAACCAUUAGUUGACUCACUGCUUACCUGACUGAUUGACUGACUAACCAAAUUAUUGAUAAACUGACCAUUUAAUAUAAUAGACUGACUGACUGACUGACUAAUAGACUAACUGAAUUGAAUUAUUAAAAAUAAGUGAACACCUAAACGCUUCACAAAUACUCCCAUUAAAUUAAUGAAAACACACAUUUGGAUCAACGAAUGGAUAGGCAGACAAGCGAACCCAGCGCAUCAGACUCAUUGGCUUGGAAGAAUGACAGAAAAAAAAUAAAUAAUUCACACUAAUGCGACAAUACACAAUACAUCAUUGUGACAACAAAGCGAACGUGCAUUAAACACUGGACAAGGAUGACAUGACUGGCUGAUUGGCUGAUUGGCUUCGGCCUCACUCGUAAAUUAAUACAAUCUCCCGUGUCUUUCUGAAAAACAGCGAUUACGCACCAGGGAAAUUAUUACAUACUACAACGGGGAAAUGAAUGAUGGACGGGUGCAGCGUUGUUAUAUAUUUUUUUGUUUAUAUGAUGUAAAUGCGAGAGGACAGAAUAGAUAGUGAUGAGACAAACAGCCAGAAUACGUCCGACGCAAACACUCGAGCUAAAUUAUUAUACAUUUAAAGACAGACGUUGGCUACACCGAGGAAAAUGAAUGACAUACCAACACACAAACAAACAGAGAUAUGUAGCACACAAAAACAGAGAGAUCUAGCACACACACACACACACACACACACACACACAC